UUGUUCUCAGUGAGGACAUAGGAUUUUAGUUUUAUAGUUUUUGAUCUUUUACAGUUGCGGAGAAUGGUAAUAUCAAGAUGAAUAUAGUAUGCCUGCAAAUAUCAGCUAUUAUUACUCUGAGUGUAUCAUUAGUUACGGUUGUAAGUUUACCUGUAGGCAGUGUUAGCAAAAGCAAUUGUAAUUCAGCUGAUGUGUUUUGGGACAAAGAUGCCAGAGCCUGUAAAAAAUGCAUAAAAUGCCCCAAAGGUUAUAGAAGAGAUAUCGAAUGUGGUCAUGGGAUCGGUGGAAUUGUUCAAUGUAUACCAUGCCUUUCUGGCUACUACCAAGAUAAACAGGAGUUUGAUCGAACUCACUGUAGCCGUUGUGCCACCUGUGCUGACGCCAAAAUGAAAGAGGAAAAUGAAUGUACAAGAACAUCAGAUGCAAAAUGUGGAGAUUGCUUACAAGGGUUUGCUCGUGAUCCAAAUCAACCUGCUGACGUUGGAUGCACAUCCUGUGAGUAUAUCUCUUCACAUAUUGAUUGCCAGCAAACAACAAAGCAAUCAACAACAACUAAGCAUUCAACCCCUACUCCGUCACCGACAUCUCUGACCCAAACUCCAACGACAAAUCCAAAGCGAACUGCAACUUUCAUGAAACCCUUUCCUGUUGUACAAACUUCUUUGGUACCAAAUCCAAACAGUUCUGUUCCGCAAAAAAUAAAUACAGAUAAGGCGAAAACUGAAUAUUAUAUUUUCACUGUACAUCAAAAAAUUUAUGGUAAACAUCAUGUGGUUAUUCGCAACUUUUAUAGUUUGUUUGCAAUUAUUUUGGCUGGUUUUCUAUAUAUUGUGGUUAAGAAAAUCAUGAAAAAAGCUGGAUACGAACCAACAUUAAAUUUAUGCAGAAAUUGUAAAAAAGGUAGUUUUGAAAAAAAUGAAAACAUUGGUAAUCCAGAAAGUGGCAUUUGCCCUCAUACCACCAAGGUUUCAGCUAUGACAGGGACACUGGACUCCAUUCCUGAGGAAAGCAGUGACAGUGACACUUGUGGAGAAGAGGUGUCGCUCUUGAAUAAACGCCCUCAGCUCCAGCGCUCACAGUCAGCACCUGUAGGUGUUGAAAUAAAUCUAGUCAGAGGCUCUGUAAAUUUUACAAAACCAAAGUUUCAGAACACCCAUACUUCUGUGACUGCAAGAAAAUCUGAGCCAACUAAAACACCAGAUGAGGAAUUGUUUGAGAAAGCUUUAAAAGCCUGCAGAGGUCAAAUGCUCUGUGACAUGAGUCAAAAUAUGCAGAGGCAACUAAACAUAGAUCUGAAUCCAGACCGAAGCAGAAGUAUGGUACAAAAUUGGAAAGAUCUUGCCUUGAAGCUCGUCGAAGAUAGUAAAAUCGUCGAUAAUUUUUUUGGGAAAAUGGAUUCUGUAUUUGAGUACAUGUUUCACACUCAACCAGAUACAACAAUGGAAACAUUUUUGAAUGCCUUAAAGGGAUUGGAGAGGCCAGAUGUUUUAAGAUCAGUCUGUAAGUCUAUCAUUAGUGGGCAUGGGAAGAGCCAGACAAACAACCUUAUCACAAUUUAAAUUCUGGUCUGGCCUGUAGCCAAGGGGUUUUUUUUUUAGGGGUUCUGGCAAACCCCUCUUCAACAAAGCCUCCUACUAUUUGUAACUGAGCACAUUCUUUCAUCGUGUAUUAAAAUUUAUUUUUGUAUGCUAUUUUAAACUUUUAAAAAAAUACGGUAAAUCCUUGUCGAAUUACUGGACUCAGGGCUGGAGCUUAUCCCCAGUUUCAAGAAGCGUGAAGUGGAUAAGAGUGUAAUGCUCCCCCUGGGUGGGACGCUGUUCCACGGCAGGUUACUCCCAGCAAUUUGCUGGUACCCAUUGAUACAGCUGGGUAGACAGAAACAAUGUAGAUAAAGUGCCUUGUUCAAGGACACAAGCAAAUGAUAGAUACCCAGACCACGAGUUUGGACAACCAAACCAUUUCCACUGCGCCAAACCGCCUCUUUAUUUUACACUUAAAUAUAUACAUUUUAUUUUAUUGGGCCCUCGAAACCAUAUGCCCAGAAACCCCCUCUCCACCCCCCAGCUUGGUGAUGCUGGCUAUGGGCCUGUUGAGAUUUAUAACCUUGAAAAUGUUAACACUUUAAUUGCUUAACUGCUAUUUAUAUGUAAUUUACAAAGUUUCAAUUAAGAAUUUGAACAAGAAUAUAUUUUCCUAUGUUUAGCAGACACAUAAUGUACUUCUUAUAGAGAGGGCAGCCUAGCUGAGUCAGCUAAAUUUGUGGUCAUGCUACAUUUUUGGCCAUUAACAGAGAUGGUCUCUAAUAAAUCGUCCUGGUUUGUUGAAGAGCGAUGGGUUCUUAAAUUCAUUUAUUGCCACUGAAGGCCAUCAGAUCAUUACGUUUAGAAGUGAGUGAUUGUAGUGGGUUGCUUGUUUACAUUCCGAUGGCUACAAUGUUGCUGUUUUUGUUCCAGUUGAGUGUGGUUGAGAUUCAAUAAUGCACCUAUCCAAUCUGUACUAUUUUAACAUCGUUGAACAUUUCAAAAUUCUAGAUAAUCACAUACAAGAUAAUCACAAUUCAAGUACUAUUUCCACAUAAAACACCUGGCAACACAUUUAUCACUUUGUGACAUACAGCUUUGUUUUUAUGAGACACUAGUCUUUAUUAUAAAAAUAUUGUUCAUCUAUGUAUCUUGCUUGUUUUGUAGAUAUUUUUCUUAAGUAAAUUGUACAUUAUAAUAAGCCCAAAUAGCCUUGUGAAAGAACAAGUGAUAUAAGUUUUUUAUCUGGAUAUGUUGUUAUACCAUAAAACCUUGAAUAGAAGCCCAAUGGGCUUAGUCUCGAGAAGAAGCCCAUCUCGAUUUGAAGCCCCACCUUUAAUUUGCAAAAGUAUUCUUGUAAACAGAAGCCCAUCUUGAAAAGAAGCCCAUGGGGUCUAAUCAAGCCUUCUUUUUAUGAUAGUCAUGUUUUUAAAAUUUUACUUGUCUUUUUUUUAAUUUACAACAUUUUGUGUGUAAUAGUAUAAAGAGCUCUAUAUUAACUAAACAUGCAGAACGCCUUGGAUUUUUAUACUUCGAUUUAGUGAUAUUGGCGCGUUAUAAAUUAUUAUUGUUAUUAUCAUUAUUACUAUUCCAACUGAGUUUAUCUUUGAUGAUCUGAUAGUAUCAAUAUUAUUUUAUUGAAGCAUGGUUAAAAUGAUUUCCACAUAAUUAUUUAUAUUGAAACUUCUGGAUUGGGUCAACAAGACUUCGUGCAUGCAUUCAAUUAAUUCCUAGAAGCUGUUUAAUGAAGAAGGCGUAUCUUUUUUAGCAGCUUUUAUUUUGAAAAGAAGCUGCUCUUCAGUUUUGCAAAAGUAAUCUGAAAAGAAGCCCAUCUUGGAAAGAAG